AAUUUGCGUUCUCUGUCAUCAGUGUCAGCGAUUUGUAAGGUUAUGCUCAAAAGAAACUGGAUAUUUUAAUUAUUUUAUCUAUUACUGCUUAAUUUACUGUUCUUAUAAUAUACUCAAAAAUGAAGACACGAUUUAAUUCAUUUGAUAUUUUGUGCAGCGUAACAGAAUUGCAAAAACUUAUCGGAAUGCGAGUGAAUAACAUCUACGAUAUUGAUAAUAAGACUUAUUUAAUAAAACUACAACGAACCGAAGAGAAAAGUGUUCUGCUAUUGGAAUCCGGUAAUCGAAUUCACACAACCAAUUUCGAAUGGCCGAAAAACAUUGCACCGUCCGGUUUUAGUAUGAAGCUGCGAAAACAUUUAAAAAACAAGCGACUGGAGAAGUUAACUCAGAUCGGUUUAGACAGGAUUGUUAUUUUGCAAUUCGGUACAGGUGAAGCGGCAUAUCAUGUUAUCUUAGAGUUGUACGAUCGCGGAAAUAUUUUGCUGACAGACUAUGAGAUGACAAUAUUAAACGUACUUAGGCCGCAUACGGAAGGUGAUAAAGUAAAGUUUGCGGUUCGUGAGAAGUACCCUGAGAAUCGAGGGCGAGAGAGCAACAUUAGUAAUGUUGACGACUUACGGCUGGUGUUAGAUAAGGGAAAAGUAGGCGAUCCCAUCAAGAAGGUGCUUAUGAUGAACUUAGAUUACGGACCUUCGUUAAUUGAACACGUUUUAUUGAAAAGUGGUUUCGCAAACUCUACAAAACUUGGAAAAUCAUUUGAGAUUAAUACAGACAUUGAAAGAUUGUUUUCAGCAAUCGAAGAAGCUAAACAAAUUGUAGAAGUUGCUAAAACACAAAAUUGUAAGGGUUUUUUAAUUCAAAAACGAGAAGAAAAGCCUACCACCGAUCCAAAUGCUCCCAAAGAAUAUUUGUACUCAAAUCAGGAAUUCCAUCCGAUGCUUUAUUCUCAGCACAUAUCAGAACCUUACCAGGAGUUUGACACUUUUAAUUUAGCAGUGGACGAGUUUUAUUCCACAUUCGAAAGCCAGAAGAUCGAAUUACGGGGCCUGCAACAAGAAAAGGAGGCACUAAAGAAGCUGGAUAACAUUAAAAAGGAUCACGAUCAUCGUUUGACAGAGCUUGAGAAGGCUCAGGAGACUGAUAAGCAGAAAGCGGAGUUGAUCACACGAAACCAGGAGUUAGUGGACAAUGCGAUUUUGGCAAUACAAAGCGCAUUGGCCAGUCAAAUUUCCUGGAUGGAUAUUGAGAAUCUUGUGAAGGACGCUACGGCGAAGGGCGAUCCUGUGGCUAAGCAUAUUAAACAUUUAAAGUUGGAUACUAAUCAUAUCAGUUUAUAUCUUACUGAUCCGUAUAAUGAUGAAAGUGGCGGAGAGAUUGAAGGCCUGCCAUCUGCAAUUAUUGAUAUUGAUUUAGCUUUAUCUGCUUUCGCCAACGCUAGAAAUUAUUAUGAUAAGAAACGUUUUGCGGCCAAGAAACAGCAGAAAACCUUGGAGUCGCAAGGAAAGGCGCUUAAAUCUGCAGAGAAGAAAGCUAAGGAAACUUUGAAAGAGGUGAAGACCAUUACUAAUAUUCAUAAGGCGCGCAAGGUAUACUGGUUCGAGAAGUUUUUUUGGUUCAUUAGCUCAGAGAACUACUUGGUUAUUGGGGGUCGCGAUCAGCAGCAGAAUGAAUUAAUUGUUAAAAGGUACAUGAAACCUAAGGAUGUUUAUGUUCACGCAGAUAUUCACGGUGCGAGUAGUAUUGUAAUAAAAAAUCCGUCUGGAUUACCUGUUCCCCCAAAAACAUUAAAUGAAGCAGGAAUUAUGGCUAUUUGUUACAGUGUUGCAUGGGAAGCGAAAGUAAUAACAAAUGCUUAUUGGGUGUAUGGUGAGCAAGUAAGUAAAACUGCACCGACCGGUGAGUAUUUAACAACCGGCAGUUUUAUGAUACGCGACAAAAAAAACUUUCUACCCCCCUCACAUCUGAUUUUGGGCCUCAGUUUUUUGUUCCGUGUCGAAGAUAGUCAUAUAGAGAAGCAUAUAGGAGAACGAAAACCUGCUUUAGGCGGGGAUGACACAGUCAGUAUAGCAGAUAGUGAGCAAAGUAAAGAUGAGGUGGAAUUAGAAAUAAUUGACGAAAGUGAUGAGGAUGAAAAGAUAGCUGAAAGUGAUAGAAUUGAAAGUGUGGAAGAAGAAAAUAGAAUUAACCAGGACAGCUCUGAUUCUGAAAGUAGUGUUUCUAAAUUUCCCGAUACACACAUCAAAAUAGAACAUUCGGAGGGAACUAAAAUCAACAUUAUAGCAGAACCUGUGCAUAUAAAGGUUGACCCCAAUACUCAGUUGGAAAUUGAAAAGCCAGCGAAAUUGAAUACAAAGACACAACCAAAGAAAUCAAGACCCACAAAAAAAACGAGGGACAAUGAAGAAAUUGUUGAAAAAGAGCAAAACGAUGAAAAUGUUAAAUUCGCGCCAAUAAAGCGAGGUCAAAAAAGCAAGUUAAAAAAAAUUAAGGAGAAGUAUAAGGAUCAAGAUGACGAAGAACGGAAGCUGAGGAUGGAGAUACUACAGUCGGCAGGUUCUGGUAAAGAUACCAAAAAGGGAAAGAAGUCGAAAGAGGCCAUUCCCAUUAAGAACACGAAAAUUCCACGUGUACCCAAGGUGACUGCCCCAAAAUCUGAAAAUGUCGAGGAGGGUGACGAAGAAGAAUCCGGCGCACAAGUAGAAAUCGAUAUGAUCAACACUUUAACAGGUCAACCGUUCGUAGAAGAUGAACUUCUGUUUGCUGUACCAAUCAUUGCUCCAUACAAUGCUCUUAAUAACUACAAAUUCAAAGUGAAGUUAACACCAGGAACUGGAAGGCGAGGUAAAGCUGCACGUACAGCAGUCAAUAUGUUCCUCAAAGAUCGUGCGGCAUCCCAAAGAGAAAAGGAUUUACUCAAAGCAGUUAAAGAUGAACAACUCGCGCGAAACUUACCUGGGAAGGUUAAACUAUCUGCUCCAAGAUUACAAGUUUAUAAAAAAUAGAAUUCUAUACGGGCAAUUAGGUUUGAUUGUCUUCCUAUUUUAUGUACAUACUUACAGAAUAAUUAUUUCUAUUAAGCCAAGGUUAAGUUGGAUGAACAGUUGCAUAAGUUCAGUUAAUUGUUACUUUUAAAAUGGAAUUUGAUCAAACCAUAUAAAUGUUAUGAAGUCUAAAUAAACAUUUUGUAUUUGUUUAUUUUAAAUAUUA